GUUUUCGUUUGUGUUUGUCAUGUCAAUUUGUGCUCGUGUUUAGGUAUCGAGUGUUUUGUUUUAUUGACAAUGGGUGAUCGUUGGGGUGAAUCUGUUAUGUAGUGCCUUUUCCAUGUACAAACUGUUAUUUAAACAUGAAAUAAUCUUUUGUUUGUUAAUUAGUGAAGUUUUACUAUGUCUCAAAAAACUUGUAGUGCUACAAUGUGUAAUGUUUGUGUGUGGUGUUUGUUUAUAGUGUGCCAGUUAAUUUUAUUAGUUUCGACAAAGACGAACGUUGACGCAGUAAUAAUAAAUAGUGCAUCCACAGAUUUUAGUAGACAUAGAAUUGUACAACCGACUAUUCAUCAUGGCAGAACUAAAAGGGAAAUCUCUACAACUAGAGAAAAGACUGGAGCACAUCAUUCAGACGUGACCGUUCGGGUCCAGAUAGACGACGAGGAAUAUGUCCUGGACCUACGGCUCAACGAAGGCUUGCUGACGGAAGGUCAUGCACUCCAAUAUCAGAAGAAUGGGAAGACUGUACUACAUAAACCUAAGAAAAAGGAUUUGCAGUUGUGUCAAUAUUCCGGUAUUGUGAGAGGCAAACCUGGUUCUUGGGUUGCCGUCUCAACGUGCAAGGGUUUAAGGGGGGUAAUUUACGAUGGCCAACGGAUGAGAUACAUCCAACCUGUUAAAGGCAAUGAAAUUCAAUCGGAUCAUUACAUAUACGACCACUCGGACCUGACUGCGAAUCAUCGGUGUGGAUACGGAGGAGGAGUAACGAAGAACGAAAGCUACGAUCCACUUCUAAUGAAAAAAUAUCAAGCCCAACAGCUAUCUAAACGCAGCAGGAUAUCUCGGUACAAACGCGAUGCGGACGACAUUCAAGUUCGUGGGCCUUACAACGAGAACAAGCUCACUAGAUAUGUCGAAUUGGUCCUCGUAUCAGACUACAGGGAGUUCAAGGCUAAUGGCGAGAGUAUAGAGACCGUCCACCAUCAGCUGAAGGAUGUCGCUAAUAUUAUUAACUCGGUAUACGCUCCCUUGAAUAUCUUUAUAGCUCUAGUAGGGGUGGUAGUCUGGAAUGAGAGGGAUGAGAUACAGUUAGUCGAAAAUGGUGACGAGACACUGAACAACUUCCUCUUGUACAGAAGACAGACGCUGCUCGCAGACAUACCCAAUGAUAAUGCGCAUUUGAUCACCCGUCAAAAAUUCCGUGAGGGUGUAGUGGGUAAAGCGUUGAAGGGUCCGAUCUGUACUUAUGAAUUUUCUGGUGGAGUGGCUACCAAUCAUUCGGAGGUUAUCGGUCUCGUGGCGACCACUAUAGCUCACGAGAUGGGUCAUAACUUCGGCAUGGAACACGAUACGGAACAGGAUUGCGAAUGCCCAGAUGAUAAAUGUAUUAUGAGUCCAUCGAGUACUUCAGUCACACCGGUGCAUUGGUCCUCGUGCAGUCUCAAGUCUCUAGCGUUAGCUUUUGAAAGAGGAAUGGAUUAUUGUUUACGGAACAAACCGAAGCGUCUGUUCGACUCGCCGACGUGCGGCAACGGUUUCGUGGAGGCCGGCGAGCAGUGCGACUGCGGCAUCAGCGUGGACGACGGGCGGGACCCGUGCCGCGGCUGCUGCCACCCGGACACCUGCAUGCUGCGCGCCAACGCCACCUGCGCCGCCGGCACCUGCUGCGACCUGCAGACCUGUCGACCUAAGGCGGCGGGCACAGUGUGCCGCGGCGCGGAUCGGGAAUGCGACUUGCCAGAAUACUGUACAGGUUACUCGGAAUACUGUCCGGCUGACGUACACAAGAUGGAUGCCAGUCCUUGUAGUGAUAACCAGGCAUAUUGCGUGCGAGGGUCGUGUCGCUCCCACACAGACCAAUGUCGCUUACUGUGGGGCACUACGGGUGAGAGUUCGCAUGAGAAAUGUUACACUAGCAACAAUAUAAAAGGGAACAAGAACGGCAACUGUGGUUAUUCUCGCACGCAGCAGAUGUAUAGACAGUGUUCAAUUGAAGAUUCUCUGUGCGGGAUGUUGCACUGUCGACAUCUCAACGAACGUCUGGAGUUCGGUUUGGAGAGCGUCGCCCAACUGUCCGCUGUGUUCAUCAACAAUAACGUACAAAGAAACUUCAUGGUGGCGAUGUAUAUCAUAUUCCUGGGCAUCAUACCGCUGAUACUCCUCAUCAUGUUCCUGGGUUACUACUCGAGGCACAACGUGUUGUUCUGGUGGAAGAAACCGAGGAAAUCGUACGUACAAAACCUCGUCAGCAACGUCCGCUCACUCGUACACAAACCGAAAAUAAAUCUACCCACAAUACAUCAUAAUCUACCCCUAAGAAACUUAAUGUCUAAAACCAACACAGUCAAUAACUCUCAAGUCGAAUUGACCACCGAAAAUACAAAAGCGAAAUCGAAAUCGUUUUACAAUAGAAUUUUACAUUUCACCGAAAAAAAUGAAAGUAAGAAACCGCUAAAAAAAUUGGAUAGAAAAAUCAACAAGGACGAUAUUAAAAUCGCGAACGAUAAUGAUAGUCUUGUGAAACCGAAAAUUGCGGAGAAACCAAAUUUGAAACCUAAGCCUAAGGAACUUAAACCUUCCGUCACUAUAGUUAAGACCGGUUUAGCGUCGACUACCAAUGAAAUGAUAGUGCAUCCUAACAGGGUGCAGUCACCGAAGAAGGCAAGCUUUCAACAGCGCAUUUCUCGUAGCGCCAGCAAGUUUGCCGCUAAUUUCCAAAAUAACGCGCAAAACAACGCACAGCCCGUCGUGCACACCCUAUCAAAUCCAGACGACAUGAGCUCGAGCCUUCUCCGCAACGAGUCUGACCGAAGUCCCGCAGGUAACAUCAAUCCGUCAGUCAAUUUCUUCGGCAACUUCAAAGGUUUCUCACUUACGCCGAUGGACAAGAAUCCGCCGGACCAAACGGAGACUAAGAAGACUUCGGACGCCAAUAAAAGUGCUAAAAUAACACCCGUCCACCGCAGCGGCAGCAACAGUCAGAACAUCAUCACCCAAGGAGUUCUAAAACCUGUUCUGAGAAGUGCACCACCUCUUCCUGUCGUACCGAAUAACACUAAAACAAGUCCGACAGUCAAAAGGACUAACAGCUCUGUACAAAACAAAAUCAAAGCGUUCAUGAAUACCGACAAAACGGAAGAGAGUCAGCCUGUGCAAGCGAGCCAACGUCCCGUCAUAUCGAGCCCUAUACUCGAAGCGUCCACUUGUACAGCCAAAGAACUUAUAUCUCCUCUCCAAGGAUCCAAAACUUUAGGGCCGAUCAGAUCUGCUCCGUCCGUUCCUGACGCGUCGCCUGCUCUACCGAAGAGACCUCUGAGCAUGCAUUCCCCGAACGCCCCCCAAAAACCUUUGCCUGAAGAACCGAAAAAAGUUAAAGAGGGCAUAUCUUUGAAUCGUAUUGCAUCCUUCCUCAAGCAGGAGAAAUCCAAAGAAAAGGAACGCCGUCCAGUAGAAAGGAGUCACUCUCUUCCUAAGAAUCCGGUGCAUCAAGUCAAAGUGCCCAAAGGAACCGAUAAAGUCGCGUUAAGGAACCUGCAGAUAUCUAACCCCAUACUCCAGAAAGAAAUCGAUUUGCCUGUCAAUACGGUACCGGUCGUAUCAGAUUCGGAAGACGGCGAAGAUCCGAAAGCGUUCGUCAAUAGAGCACAAAGCAUGAGAUCUCCUGCACCUCAUAAACCUGCGAUACAGAGCUUCGGGUCCAUGAGGCAAGCUCCGGGGGUUCCCCGCCCUCUUUCGGUGGUCGGCAGACCCACAGCCCCCCCUCCGCCGCUCCCCGCCAACGAAACCAACGAACCGUCCAUAUACCAAAAUCCUAAACCGCAAAAUGACAAAACCGUCGAUUACGUAGAUUGCAUUGAAGAGAAACAAGUGCCCCUCGCUCAUAUCGACGAGGAGUCAAGUGAUAACAUCUACGCUAUAAUAGAAGAAAGUCCAGAAAAACACUCGAAACCACUACCUGGAGUUCCGCCUCCACCCGUAAAGACAUUGCCCCAAUCGCCUCCCGCAGGAUACAACACUCCAAAACCGAUCACUUCCAAUUCAGGAAGCACGGAAAGCAUGGGCCUUCUCGGCGAGAUCGUCAACGAAAUACAAAAUCGAAAUUUCGACUCUAUUUAUUCGUCGUUAACGCUGUCUAGAAAGAAGCAAGCGAAAGAAGAUGCGAAUAGAGACAGCACUUACAUGAACACGGACAACUAUAGGGCUUCGGAUAGCGUUUAUAGCAAUUCCGGGGCUAAGUCCAACGCGUCUACCACGAGCAGCGGGUAUUUGCAUCCUUCCGCUGUUAACGUACCCACGUAUAUCAACAAAGAUAAAACUGAAAGUAAAGAUGAGCCGGAAAAGGCGCCACCAUCGCCUACUUUAAAAGUGAAUUCUAAAAUCCCUACGUUCAGUAGGCAAGUCACCCCACCAAAUUUAAAAAACACGAGUACGUUUAGAAACGUGCCGCAGUCGCCAAAGAAUGCAAACAAGAACAUAAACCUUAAACCUUUAACUAACAGUCCCGACGUCGUCUCCAGCUGUGCAAUGGACACGAAAACAGUGAAACCGCCGGACGUGAUAAACAAUAAUAAACAGAGUGACACUCCUAAAACACCUAAACCGGUCGUAGUGAGUAAACCUAAUGACAACCGACCGCCGUUAAGGCCCGCGCCCACAAUAGAAAAGAAGCCGACAGCGAAAUCUGCGGUCGCUUCAAAACCUGUAAUUUCUACUACGAACGUUAACAACAAACUUCCGCUGCAAACGGAGAAGAAUCCCUUAAAUCGCGUUAACUCGAAAGUUGAUUCUAAUGUAAAAUCUAUUGCGGACAACCUAAAUAAGAAUAAACCUAAAGUUGUGCCGAAACCGUCGACGUUAGUGCAAAGGACGGAGUCCAAUGCGAAAUCUAAUUCGACCAAGCUCACGCCUAAACCCUCAAACGUGGCUAGUUUGCAGCAGAAAUUCGAAAAUAGAAAAUCUUUGGGAAAAGAAAUAGCUGUAAAGAAAUAG